GCGGCGCUCGUGCCCCGCUCUGCGACCCCUGCUCCGUGACGCCCGCACUGCACCGGGGUACCGCGGCCCAGCACAGGCGCUGGUCACUAGUAUACGAACUAGCUAGGACUACAGGUGCACACCACCACACCUGGCUAAUUUUUUAUUUUUUGUAGAGAUGAUGUCUUACUAAGUUACCCAGGCUGGUCUUCUGGGCUCAAGCCAUCCUCCUGCCUCGGGCUCCCAAAGUGCUGAGAUUUCAGGCAUGACCCACCGUGCCCAGCGUCAGCUUUAUUUUUUUAAUGCUGACUUACUGCAGAAGGCCCAAGGGCCAGUGCAGUUUUCAUACUGCUGUUGUAGUGGCGAACGGAGCCACGAGGGAACGGAGCACCGCCAGCAGCUGCCGGGAGCCCAGGAUACCACGCGGCCAGCACCGAAACGCUAGGCUCGCGCUCACAUCCGCGAUCUACACCGAGUAGCCGCGCGCCGAACGACGUGACUAAGCCCCGCCCAUACGGCGCUCCUGGCGGCCAAUGGAAAUGGCUUACGAGGCGCCUUCUCCACGCGCUAUACUUAUACGGACCAAUGGGUGCGCCCUGUGGGGAGUGCCGCCCUCUGUCCACGAGCCUCCUCUUCUCGCCAGCCAAUGGAAGCGAUCUGCCUAGCCCUCGCGGGGACAAGGCGGCGACCGAGGCGCGUGGGUCUGGGAAGGCGCGCGGAUUUGGCCCCUCUUCUCACAUCAGCGGGUCCAGGCCCAACCGACAGACUAUGGGGGCUCCGGCAACCAGGCGCUGCGUGGAGUGGCUGCUGGGCCUCUACUUCCUCAGCCACAUCCCCAUCACCCUGUUCAUGGACCUGCAGGCGGUGCUGCCGCGCGAGCUCUACCCAGUCGAGUUUAGAAACCUGCUGAAGUGGUAUGCUAAGGAGUUCAAAGACCCUCUGCUACAGGAGCCCCCAGCCUGGUUUAAGUCCUUUCUGUUUUGCGAGCUUGUGUUUCAGCUGCCUUUCUUUCCCAUUGCAACGUAUGCCUUCCUCAAAGGAAGCUGCAAGUGGAUUCGAACUCCUGCAAUCAUCUACUCUGUUCACACCAUGACAACCUUAAUUCCGAUACUCUCCACAUUUCUGUUUGAGGAUUUCUCCAAAGCCAGUGGUUUCAAGGGACAAAUACCUGAGACUUUGCAUGAACGGUUAACCCUUGUGUCUGUCUAUGCCCCCUACUUACUCAUCCCAUUCGUACUUUUAAUUUUCAUGUUGCGGAGCCCCUACUACAAGUAUGAAGAGAAAAGAAAAAAAAAAUGAAGGAAACAACCACUGGCCCAGGGUAGAGAUGCCUACAGGGUGGUUGCUUGUUGGAUACAAUACAAGGAACACUGCUCAGAACCCACGUCUUCAGCAGCAUUUGAAACACUGGCAGCAAUGCACAAGAGCAAGAUGGUGUCAGGAACCAUGUCAAACCCUCACCUUCUUUUUUUUUUUUUUUUUUUUUUUUUUUAA